CUUCUCUUGUCUUUCUUUUAUUUUGCUAUUCGCUUUUUCUACUCACCAGGCGAUACUACCCUCGCCGGUCGUUCGCUGUGCCGCACGAUUCCACCGAGCUACGCUCCACACGUACAUGCACACAUGCAUACAUACACGUACGUAGCAAGCGACAACGUGCGCGACAGAAUUUUCUGCGAGGGGAUACACGAGUUUUCAUCGUGUACGCAAAAGAGACUCGGUCGUGGCUGUUCUCCGAGGCGCAGGUCGCGGCCUGCAUCCGUGGAAAAAUCCGUCGAGUCGGAAGUGGCGAGCGCGGUGAGGAAAGAGAACGACGAGACAGAGAAUGCCGCCGAGGCGAGCAACGGUGGCGCGCGUGCUCGCGAGUGCUCGCCCGAUUGUGAUGAUCGGGGACAACGAUCGGCGGUGCUCGCGAUGAUGUCGGAGCGCGGUCGCGUAGCCAGCGAUAUCGUCGUCGUCGGUGGAGUUCGCGCGACGCGGAUACCUCGGUAGAAACGUUCGACACGCGACGGGAUAAAUGCGAGAGCGAGGUCUCGUUGGUGGAGCAGUUGUCGCGGCGACGAAGAAGAAGAAGAAGAAAAAGAGACACCUGGAACCGGGUCGGUGCAAACGGAGCCCGUGUUGGCUGUGGACAAGGGUGAGAGCAGGUGUUUUGCAAAGAGACACCGAUAAUAGGAGGUUGGAUGUAGAUCAGAAGGAGGAGGAGGAGGAGGAGGAGGAGGAAGAAGAAGAAGAAGAAGAAGAAGAAGAAGAAGAAGAAGAAGAAGAAGAGGAAGAAGAGGAAGAAGAGGAAGAAGAAGAGGCGGACGAGGGGUCGUGGAAUUUUGACGCGUACAGCGAGAUAGCGACGAAUCUCGGUGGAAGGAAGGGCGAGGAAGCGAGAGGUGGAAGGAGAGAGUCGAUUGGAACGCAGAGGAUCCAUCAUCGUAGAGACGAUCGGCCUACA